GCUCCGGUCUCUCUCUCUUCUCCCUUCCUGCCUGCCUCCCUCAAUGCUCAGCCAGACUCCAUGAAGUUCUCCAGACAGAUGAGAGUAGCACAGACUGACAGACGCACAGCCAAGGAGGAAAUCACCGAUCACUGCCCAGUGGGAGUUUUUGGAGUGAUCGCAAGAGGGAGAGUGUUUGUGCAGGUCGAAGGGACGUAGGACUGUGCGAUUGGAUGUGAGCAUGCGUGGGUCCAUGACACCCUAGAAAACAGUCCUGACACCAGUAACACCCUGUGGAUUUAUUUGACUGUCCAUCACUGAAACAUAGAAGAAGGAGUUUUUUGUUCCUCACAAGCACUUCAUUUACAAACCCUAAAAAGCGGUUUUACCUUGAUAUCCAGUUACUGGUUUUAAAGGUAAAAUGCUGUUUACACUGGCCCUGCUCCUCUUGGUCACCCCAUUACCCUCUCUCCAAACCCCAACCAAUGAGAAGAGGAACUCCACAGGAAGUGACCAACCCAAGCCAAAUGUCGUUCUCACCCUGGUGAAACCAAAACCUGUAGCUGCGAUCGCUAAACAGCCCAACAAGACCCCUCGCCCCACCCCCACCCUCAAACCAACCAUCAACCUGACCAUUUUGACCCCCUCAGUCCCUACCAAGCCCCCCGCAGUUAGUACACCCAAGACGGUCAAAGACAAGACCACCCCUGCCCCCCCACCACCUGCUGCCAUCAAGGUGAUUCUUACCGAUGGCUGCCUCCACAAGGACAUCCAGAGUCACUCUUCCAGCACCCCGGAGCAGGGCCAGGAGCUGCAGCUGGAGCUGAAGCCUGGGUCUCCACUGGUGAUGACCCACAAGAUCAGCCUGGUGCCUGGGGGCUGCACAGGGGGCUGUGUGGCCGAGAUGGCUGCCCUGAAAGGACGCGUGUCCAGACUGGAGAAGGAGAUGUCGUCCAUCAAGCAGCAAUGUCCCUGCUCAAAGGUGAACUGCCCGAAUGACUGUGGCGAACGAGGUAAAUGUGAGAAGGGAAAGUGCGUUUGCCUCCCAGGAUUCCUUGGGCUUGACUGCAGCAAGUGCGCCCCCGGAUCGGACUGCAGUAAAAAAGAUGUUAAAGACAAGGCGAAGACAACAGUGGAGAGGGUAACCCCUGAGAGCAAUGCUAACAAGACCAGCACGCAGGUGAAGACAACAGUGGAGAAGGUAACCCUUGAGAGCAAUGCUAAUAAGACCAGCACACAGGUGAAGAAGGUAGCAAAAGAGGAUGAUUCCAAAACCAAAAUCAAAGUGGUCACCGUCACUGCGGUAAAACCACAGGUUACGGUUACUAAGACUACCAGCAAGGCUGGAAAAACCAAGAUUACACUGGGCCGUCCGACAGUGGGACAGGUCCUCUUGAAACACAGUGGAGGAAAAAAGCUGAAUGAAGCUCGUAAAGGCGAAACAAAAGUUUUUCUUCCUAAGAAAAUAACCAAACCAGACCUUAAAGGCAAAGUGACUGUUCAGGACCAACCUCUUACAGACACCAUCACCCAGACUACAGUGAAGAAAUCGAACGGCACCACUAAAGGCACAGACACUGCGAACAAAAUUCGCCCAAGAAAGGAGAACCUAGAACAGUCCACUCUGGCUGAGAAGAACUCCACCCAGACAUCUGGGAAGAAACCCACCAAGAAGGUGAAUGAGAGUGUCACCAAGGUAACAGUGUCUGUCAACAACACCCAAAUGGCGACAGGCAAAACGAAAAUUCCACAGAGGAGUCAGUAUUUAGUGAACGUGACCACUCCGAGUCCCGAGGUCAAAGUCACAAAGGUCAACAAGACAAUGGUGUUGCUGGUGAACGCCACCAGGAAGCCUCUGGCGACCGGCCUCGGUUCUGUCAAGGUCCAAAACAUCUCCUCCUACGGCUUCACCCUCACGUGGUCCGCUCCGCAGGCCAUGUUCAAGAACUUUACCGUGACCAGACGGGAGCUGAGGGCCGAGGGCGAGGAAGAGGAAGAAGCAGAGGAUGGAGCUCUUGGAGGACAAGACAAAGGACUGGCAUCAGCAAACGCCACAGAGAGUGCUGUCAAUGGAACUGCGUCCUCCGCCAAAGUUCUCAGUGGCUCCAAGUCUAAGGCUGACGGCAAGCACACCAGGAGAGUCGCCAUGGCUCUCCCAGGAGGUGUUCGCUCGGUGGAGUUUGGCAACCUGCGUCCUCUGACCCGCUAUGCACUCAGUAUUUACGGCACGGCUCCCGGAAAGAGGUCCAAAAUCCACAGAGUGACCAUCACCACAGGACCUGAGCCCCCUACAGACAUGGUCUUCAGCAACGUGACCGAGUCCUCCCUCGCUGUGUCCUGGUCCAGACCCAAGAGCGCCCUCACCGGCUUCCAAAUCACCUACACCAAUAUUGUCACAGCGGAGAGCAGCUCAGUGUCAGUCAAUGCCCAGCAGUCCCACGUGGUCCUGCCCAUGCUGUCUGCAAGCUCCUCCUAUGUGGUCACCGUGACCUCCGUUCUGGGCAAGAUCAGGAGCGACCCUGCCGUCGCCAUCAUGUGCACAGUGCCCGCUCCCCCUGUCCAACUCCAAGCCGUCAACAUCACCGACACCAGAGCGGUGCUGCAGUGGACACCCAGCCUGGGGAAGGUCGACCGUUUCAUCAUCAGCUACGAGUCAGCCAAGACGCCCAACGUGACGGUGUCGGUGAUGGUGUCGGGGAAUUCGGUGGAGCACCAUCUGAAAGGGCUUCAGAGAGCCACCCUGUACACAGUCAAGGUGCUGAGCGAGAAGGAUAGUCUCCGGAGCACGGCCAUGGCCGCCACCUUCACAACCGCCAACAUGGUGAAGGCCAGCGAUGUCGACGCUCAUUCCGCUGUGAUCACAUGGAAAGCCCCAGCUGUAGCGUUCCACAGCUACAGAGUGACCUAUCAACUGGCAGGAGGGGAGGCCAAGGAGGUUAUACUGGAACCAUCUGCGAGUGAGUACAAGCUAACAGGACUGCUAGCCAUGUCCAGGUACACUGUGGUGGUUCAGGGAGAGAGGGAAGGAGAGUACACUUCUGUGAUCGCCGCAGAGUUCACCACAGCCAAGCUGCGUUUCCCCUUCCCUAUGGAGUGCUCCCAGGAGCUGCUCAACGGCGCCCUGCAGUCUGGGGAGGUGAACAUCUACCCCCAAGGCAAGGAGGGAGGGGCCGUCAGGGUCUACUGCGACAUGGAGACUGACGGAGGGGGCUGGACGGUGUUCCAGAGGCGAGUGAACGGAAAUACCGAUUUCUACAGAACCUGGAGUGAAUAUGCCCACGGCUUUGGAAACCUCAGCGAGGAGUUCUGGCUUGGAAAUGAGCUGCUGCACAACCUGAGCAGCAUGGGCCCUGUCAGUCUGAGGGUGGACCUGCGCUCAGGACAUGACACGGCGUACGCGCACUACUCCAACUUCACCAUUGGGUCCGAGGCCAGGCACUAUGCCAUCGAGGUCUUUGGCUACACCGGCACUGCAGGUGACUCUAUGAGGUAUCACAAUGGCCGCCCGUUCUCCACCAAGGAUAAAGACCCCAACCCCCUGGGGAUCCACUGUGCCAGGGCCUACAUGGGGGGCUGGUGGUACAAGAACUGCUACAAGACCAACCUCAAUGGUCUCUACGGUGUCAACAGCAACAACCAGGGCAUAGUGUGGAUAGACUGGAAGGGGAAGGAUGCUUCCGUGGGCUUCGCUGAGAUGAAGUUCAGACCAGCUGGAUUCUCCCCCGCCACCCAUGGCUAACCCCAUCCCGCCAGCCCUGCCGCCCCCCAAAGCCCUUCGCUACGGAGAAACAGAAACGUGGUUUCCGAGGCGACGCCUGGAAUGUUCUGGAAUGAUAGCAUGUUCUGCGUUUUUUUCCACGGCUGUUGCAAAGGUUUAUCUUUCAGUAUUUGUACAGCACUACAGGUAUUUUCCUCUGUGCCCUAUCCUUGUCAUGCAUGGAGAGCUGUCUCUCUCUUUAAAAAAAACAACACGUACGCUGAUAUUCGAUGUACUAAGCAGACAUGGGAUGUUAGUGGUGGCAGUCUUUUGUAUUUUUGUCGUUUUCUUAUGACUCACAUGACCCCACAAUCUCCAACAAGAGUUUACACUCUGUCCCUCAAACACCUCAGGUGUACAGGAGAUAGGUUUGCCACCUCACUACUACUGGAAUCAAAUAUGCACUGCCUCUCCACUUCAUUGGAAUAAAUGUGGCAAACCAGGAUCUGAA